ACGUCAUGUCCGGUCUGUAGCGCACGGCGUCCGUCGCCGCGCAUUUAUGGUACAGAGCUGUGGCGCUUGGAAGACGACGAGAGGUCCUGUACCAUUUUCUUCCCCUGUGUGUCCCUUAAGCCUCUCCAGCCAUGGAUUUCCAACACAGAGCUGGUGGAAAGACCGGCAGCGGUGGAGUUGCAUCUGCAUCUGAAAGCAACAGGGACAGAAGAGAACGUCUCAGGCAGCUGGCCUUGGAGACCAUUGAUAUCAACAAGGAUCCUUAUUUUAUGAAGAAUCACUUGGGCUCAUAUGAAUGCAAACUUUGCCUCACCCUGCACAAUAAUGAGGGGAGUUAUCUUGCGCAUACACAAGGGAAAAAACAUCAGACAAAUUUGGCUCGCCGUGCAGCAAAGGAGGCCAAGGAGGCACCUGCACAACCAGCCCCCGAGAAAGUCAAGGUUGAAGUCAAGAAGUUUGUUAAGAUUGGACGUCCUGGUUAUAAAGUGACCAAACAGAGGGAUUCUGAGGUUGGCCAGCAAUCACUACUGUUUCAGAUUGACUAUCCAGAGAUAGCAGAGAGCAUCAUUCCUAGGCAUCGCUUCAUGUCAGCCUAUGAACAGAGGAUUGAACCUCCAGACAGACGUUGGCAAUAUCUUUUGAUGGCAGCAGAGCCUUACGAAACCAUUGCUUUUAAGGUCCCAAGCAGGGAGAUUGACAAGGUUGAAGGGAAGUUCUGGACACACUGGAACAGAGAAACUAAGCAGUUUUUCUUGCAGUUCCACUUUAAGAUGGAGAAACCACCACCUGUACCCACAAUACCACCUACCCCACCUGGUGUUAAACGACCACCACCACCACUGCUGAAUGGGAUGCCACCUCGACCACCCUUGCCAGAAAAUAUGCCGCCGCCUCCUCCAGGUGGAAUGCCAAUGCCUCCCAUGCCUCCUGGUGCACCAGCUCCACCUGGACCACCACCUCAACUUCCUCCUGCCCCAGGAGUGCCUCCUCCUGGUGUACCACCUCCAGUGCCGCCACCAUCCUUGCCUCCUCCUGGAGUGCCACCACCUGGUGUACCACCACCCCCUCCGAAUCCUGCAGUACCUCCACCUGGUGUCCCACCACCUGGAUUACCACCUCCUGGUAUUCAUCCCCCAGGUGUGCCACCACCUCCUGCACCUGGAGUUCCUCCACCUCCAGCCCCAGGUGUACCUCCUCCAGCACCUGGAGUCCUUCCACCUGGACCUAUGCCCCCAAUGAUGAGGCCUCCUUUACCAAAUGAAGGACCUACAAAUAUCCCCCCACCACCCCCAAACAAUUAAACAACUUUGCUACUUUUCUUGGACAAGAUCAUAUUUUCCCUUUUUUUUUUUUCUUGUUUGUUUUUGUAGAAUGUUUUAAUAAAUUGGAUCAUUUAAAGAAAAUAGGCAUGUUUUAUUUGUUUUCCCACGUAAGUUGUAGAAUAUCGAUUGUGGAUAGUGUUUGUUGUUUUAAUUGUAUUUUCAAGAACAAAGCUUACACCUAUCCAUUUAAUUUUAGGUGCAACAUAUAAAUGUUUUAGCUGUUACAGUAACAUUGAUGGUAUGAUUUUUUUUAAUUGGUUUAUUUCAAUAAAAUUCCAAAAUUUGGCAAUUUUAA